UGUUGUCGCGUAGGUCGAUUCUGUGUUGACUUUAUUUGGAACGGCGUUGGCUGAGCAAAAUAGCAGGAAGAUACUAUCAAUAUUGUGUCUAAAAUGUUGCAUAAGCCAUGGUGCCUAACCGGAGAUUGGGUCUGGCCCAUCCUUGCUGUAUUGGCCUGCUGUUCCUACUCCUCCUGCCCAGCUCGGUUUCAGUGAGAGAACCUCGCCAUCAGUCCCACAUCCACCUCCCCUCGCUGAUACCUCACGCCACCCUGCCACUGUCUCGUUCCCGCUUCAGCGCCAAAGCUCAGCUGGACCUCACUACCCACUGCAAUGAGAGCUGCUUCCACAAAGGAGAAGACACCGAUAAAGAGCACCUAGCUUUCGAAACUCUUUAUGCAGACGGCUCGCGAACUUUAACCACUGUUGACCUGGAAGUAAACGACACUGAACUUCCUGUCAGGCGGCCCAAAGUAACCACUCCCAGACGCAAGCGGCUAAAGCGCCAGAUCUACGGUUCAGACGGGCGCUUUAACAUCCGCGGUGACCACUUCCUUCUGGACUACCCGUUCUCCACAGCCGUCCGCAUCUCCACCGGCUGCACUGGAGUUCUGGUGUCCCAGCAGCACGUCCUGACCGCAGCCCACUGCGUGCAUGAUGGGAAGGAUUAUGUCAAGGGAGCGAGGAAGCUCAGGGUGGGCUUUCUAAUCCCUCCGUCUGUUAACGGUACAAGGCCGGGUCAGGCUCCCGUGAAGAAACCCUUGGUGCGCUGGGUGAGAGUUAAACGCACACGGGUUCCUAAAGGCUGGAUUCAAGGCCCUCAAGACGUCAGCAUGGAUUUUGACUACGCACUUCUAGAGUUGCGCUGGCCUCACCGGCGUCCCUUCAUGCGGCUGGCUGUGGCACCCUCCUCAGACAGUUUGGCUGGUAAACGCAUCCACUUCUCUGGAUUUGACAGCGACCGGCCUGGGGAACUGGUGUACCGCUUUUGUCCUGUGGAGGACGAGUCCAAUGAUUUGAUCUACCAGCACUGUGACGCCCGCCCUGGAGCGAGCGGCUCUGGUGUAAUAUAUUUCCACAGUUGCAUCCCAUCACAGCCACCCAUCAAAUCCAUAGGGAGGCUGAGAAAGCAAUCAGAGUCUCUUUGUUUGGAUCCAUUAGAAACUUUAUGA